GGCUCCACAUUUUAGACCCAGGGUACAGGGCUGUUCCCGUUGGCUGCUCCUGGAGAUCUGAGAGAUUUCUGCCAGGAAGUCUCGGCCUCCCCAGUUCGCCACUAACUUUGCUUUGGACUCGAAGCUUCCAAGCUUCGCCUUGGGCUUUCUCCCACCAUGAAGCUCCUGCUGCUGGCUUUGGCUACGCUACUGCUCUUGUCCCAGCUCACUCCAGGGGAUGCUCAGAAAUGCUGGAAUCUCCAUGGCAAGUGCCGCCACCGAUGCUCCAGGAAGGAGAGUGUCUAUGUCUACUGCACAAACGGGAAGAUGUGCUGCGUGAAGCCCAAAUACCAGCCGAAGCCAAAGCCGUGGAUGUUCUAACUGCCUGGAAGCCUGAAGCCCAGAUGAUGCAGACGGCAAAAGCUGUCAUGGGCUGACCCCAUGUAUUCUUGAGCUCGGUCAAUAAAUGUGCCUGCCCAACCUCA